CUUGUUCGACUUCCAUUUCCAUCUUUUGGAUUUCGGGCCAACUCAUCGGUCUUUUGACAAGGAACAUGUUUAUUUUCAGUACUUUAUGUUAUGAAUUCUGACUUAUAUAUCGCGAGAUAAGUGAUAUAAUCAAUUAGUAUAAUGGAGGUUUACUAUUUGUUACUUGUGUUGAGUAUUUUUUGGCAUGGCAGUGAAGGUAUUAUGUGGAGCUUGGCUCCGAACACUCAAAAGUGUCUGAAAGAAGAAUUACACGCUAAUGUGCUCGUGGCAGGGACCUAUGAAGUCACCCACGCAGAUGGUCAAAGAGUGGAUUAUGUCGUUCGAGACUCCAAAGGCCACAUUUUGUCACAGAAAGAGUCAAUAGCUUCAGGCAAAUUUACAUUUGUUACAGAAACAUAUGACACUUUCGAAGUGUGUUUCACAUCUAAAGUUCCUCCAGAACGCCGUGGUGUCAGUCAAGAUGUGAUGUUGGACAUCAAAAUCGGUAUUGAAGCCAAAAACUAUGAAGGUAUUGGUGAAGCUGCCAAGUUGAAGCCUAUGGAGUUGGAACUGAAGAGGCUUGAAGACUUGUCUGAGGCCAUUGUGCAGGACUUCACUCUGAUGAGGAAGCGAGAGGAAGAGAUGAGGGACACUAAUGUUUCCUUAACUUUUCUGUUUCAGAGUCCACCAACAACCGGGUCCUCUUCUUCAGCAUAUUCUCCAUGGUCUGUCUCCUGGGUCUCGCCACGUGGCAGGUCCUCUACCUACGUCGCUACUUCAAGGCGAAGAAACUCAUUGAAUAACACCACAAAUGGUUUCACGCGGAUAAAGUCGCAUGCGAAUCUUUAAUAGCAAGUAUGUUUGAAUUAGGAAUGUGUUGUCUAUUUUUCUAAUUUUUCUUGAGGCAAUGAAAUAUUUUUUGUAAUUUGUUCCUACAAAAUCGUUGUUAUUUAUCUUUUAAAAAUUCAUUAAUUAUAAUAUAUAUAUAAUAUGAAUUAUAAUAUAAUAUAUCUUAAGUUGUCGCCCAGUAUAUGAGUAUUUCAUUAUGUUGUUGAUUGAUUUAGCUUAUUGAUCAAAUGAAUCCAUUACAAUUCCCGCAUGAUACUUUAUCCGCGUUCAUAGAUCUUGUUUUAAUCUAUAUUUUAAUAUAAUAAAACUUUCCAAUACUUAAUACCACGAACUAUUAUUUAAUUUUGUUAAUAAAUGAUUAUGAGGUCCGUAAUUGUUUGAUAAGAUUGUAAAAAAGUGUUCGAAAUAGCAAAUUGUUUUAUUUUUUA